AUGACGACGGAUGAGAAGCGCCCUUUGGAGUGCGACAUUGAGCAUAGCGGCCCUGACGCAGACGUCGUUUCUUCCGUGACCGAGGAGACCAGCGAUGCGGCGAACCAACGGAAACACCCGAGAGAGGGCUGGGCAUCUUGGAGGUGGCCUUGUGUUCAGUCAGCCUUUAUCUUGGGAGGCCUGCUCCUUGGGUACGACGUCAGCAACAUCGCGAACAUCCAACCUCCAAUCUACUCAGAGUUCGGAAAUGUCCACCUCCUGCCGUGGGUUGCCACGGGGUACACCGCAACGCAAGUGUGCAUGGUCCCGCUCGUCCGCAAGCUCGCGAUCCUCGGCAACGUGAAAUCGCAGAUGGUCUUGUAUACCCUGAUCUUCAUCAUCGGUGCCGCAGUCUCGGGUUCAGCGACUAGCAUAAACUCGGUCAUUGUCGGUCGCGCCAUUGCGGGUGUUGGGGGAGCCGGUAUCUACCAGCUUUGUAUUGUUGUCAAUGUGCUUCUCUCUUCCCCCGCAGAGUUGCCUCGCCUUCAAGGUGUGAUGGCAGUUUCCUGGGCAGUUGGUCUCACCGUGGGCCCUGUCAUUGGAGGGGCCUUUGCUGAAAGCCAGAGUGCCACAUGGAGAUGGGCGAUGUAUCUCAACUUGCCAAUCCUCUCCAUCAUGGCCAUACUCAACUUUGUGGCACUCCCCUCAAUCCGUCUGGCGCCCGGCCUACCGAUUGUUAAAGGACUUCGCGCCAUCGACUGGAUCGGCGUGGUACUCCAUAUGGCCGGCUUCAUCCUCUUGUGCUCCGCUCUCAUCUUCAGCGGAUCCACGUGGGCCUGGUCUUCACACUCGGCCAUCACGGCCUGGGUGGUCGUCGGCGUCAUCUACGUCGUCUACUUUUUGCAGCAAUACUUCAGCCUCUUCACCAGCAAAGAGAACCGGAGCAUUCCAGCGGACCUCCUGAAAGACAGGACAGUUGUUCUGGUCUGCCUUGGGACGUUCGCCGCUGGAAGCUGCUACGGCAUCGCCCUCUAUUACACCCCCUUGUUCCUGGCCUUCACCAAGGGGUUGGAGCCGAUGCAGGCUGCGGUCCGGCUCUUGCCCUUCAUCUUUACCUUCAUCGCCUUCACGAUCGUCAUGGCCGGCCUGAUCCCCGUCAUUGGCAGAUACGCUCCAUUCUACGUUAUCGGCGGCGUCUUGACCAUGGCAGGUGCCGGGCUUCAGUCGCAACUCACAGUCCAAAGCUCCGAGGGUCGGAUCAUGGGGGCCAGCACCCUUAUCGGCGCCGGGACCGGAUGCAUGUGGCAGACCGGCGUUGCCAUCUUGACGCAAAGCGUGCCCGCGGAUCGACGCCUCGACGCCACGGCCCUCUUCAUCAUGGUGCAGCUGGGCGGCAUUUCCAUCACGCUCGCCCUGGCAGGCUGCAUCUUCCAGAACCUUGGCUACAGCCGCCUCCACGCCCCCCUUUCUGCACUGGGAUACAGCGAGUAUGACAUUCGCGAAGCUUUGGCGGGGCUGGAAUCCAGAAUCUGGGCUACUGCGGACCGUGACGUGGUUCAGUUCGUCGUGGGGGAAGUUGCGGGUGUGAUCGCCGACCUGCAGUACGUGAUCGUGGCCUCGGGGGCCUUGGCUUUUCUGAGUGGCUGUUUCAUGAAAUGGCAAAAGUUGGACUUUGGAAGAACACAGGAAGCCAAGUGA